AUGGGAUCCCACUCAAAACGUUGUAGAAGAAGAAGAAGAAGAAGAAUCUCCCUUUACGACAUUUGCGACCACCCGGAUUACGGCAGCGAGAAGAAGAUGGCGGAGGCAACGAAUGAAGCAGAGCUACUCAAGGAGAAGGCAAAUAACUUCUUCAAAGAAAAAGACUACGAAAAUGCUAUCAAGUACUACACAGAGGCCCUGGAGCUCAAUCCAUCCAAUGCCAUCUACUACAGCAACCGCAGCUUGGCGUACCUGCGCACAGAGUGCUACGGCUAUGCGCUGGCAGAUGCUACGAAGGCCCUGGAGGUGGACAAGAACUACAUAAAAGGCUACUACCGCCGUGCCACCUCCAACAUGGCGCUGGGCAAAUUUAAAGCUGCGCUCAAGGACUAUGAAACGGUAGUGAGGGUCCGACCGAACGACAAGGACGCCAGAAUGAAGUACCAGGAAUGUAACAAGAUCGUGAAACAGAAAGCCUUCGAGAGAGCCAUCGCCAGCGACGACAAGAAGAAAUCUGUGGUGGACUCUCUGGACAUAGAGAGCAUGACCAUCGAGGAUGACUACGUCGGGCCCAAACUGGAGGACGGGAAGGUGACGCUGCAGUUCAUGAAAGACAUGAUGGAUUGGUUCAAAGACCAGAAGAAGCUGCACAGAAAAUGUGCUUACCAGAUCUUAGUACAAGUCAAGGAUGUUCUCUCAAAACUACCGAGUCUGGUUGAAAUCACAAUAAAAGAGACAGAAAAAAUAACAAUUUGUGGGGACACCCACGGGCAGUACUACGACCUCCUCAACAUCUUCGAGCUGAACGGUUUACCCUCAGAGACCAACCCUUAUCUCUUCAAUGGCGACUUUGUGGAUCGAGGCUCUUUCUCCGUUGAGGUCAUUCUCACCCUGUUUGGCUUCAAGCUGCUUUACCCCGACCACUUCCACUUGCUCAGAGGUAACCACGAGACGGACAACAUGAACCAGAUGUACGGCUUUGAAGGCGAGGUCAAGGCCAAGUACACGGCCCAGAUGUUCCAGCUGUUCAGCGAGGUCUUCCAGUGGCUUCCUCUCGCUCAGUGUAUCAACAGCAAAGUACUGGUCAUGCAUGGAGGACUUUUCAGUGAAGAUGGCGUCACCCUGGAGGACCUGAGGAAGAUCGACAGGAACAGACAGCCUCCAGACUCAGGUCCGAUGUGUGACCUUCUGUGGUCCGAUCCGCAGCCUCAGAACGGCCGGUCGGUCAGCAAGCGAGGAGUGAGCUGUCAGUUUGGUCCCGACGUGACGCAGCGCUUCCUGGAGCAGAACAAGCUGGACUACAUCGUGCGAAGUCAUGAAGUCAAAGCUCAGGGCUACGAGGUCACGCACUCGGAGAAAUGCAUCACCGUGUUCUCUGCGCCCAACUACUGCGAUCAGAUGGGAAACAAAGGAGCGUACAUCCACCUCAGGGGAUCAGAUCUCAAACCAGAGUUUCACCAGUUCACUGCUGUGCCUCAUCCGAAUGUCAAGCCGAUGGCGUACGCCAACACGCUAAUGCAGUUGGGGAUGAUGUAGACGACCUGCAGGCGCUCCCAGACCGCCCGCUGCUCGGACCCGUUUCCCCCCGCUUCACGCUUAGCCUAAACGAUCCCUCUCCCAUGCAAACUCCAGCUAAGUCGUUGGUUCUGAUGGGGAAGAGAACGCUUAGACAAGCCCAGUCCAGACUUCGUUUUAUUCCUUCACCAUAUCUUUUGAAACUGGAAAGUCCACGUCUCCGUUGUCCAUUUGCCUGCUCAUGUUGUGCCAUUACUGCGUCAAACCAACCAUGAGGACUUCAGAUCCAUCUCCACUUGAGCUGCUUUUGGUUUUUAAACGUUUCGAUUCGCUCAGCAGAUGGCUUGAUUUAGCGGGUUUGUACCAAAGAUAUGUAACGAGAACGAUUGUUCGGUUUUAGCAAAGACGGCGUUGUGGCUCUGGGAGUGUUGGCGUUGUGCGCCGUUGGCCCGCGUUCACAGUUUGGCCCGUUUUUUUAAGGUGUCAGUGUUCCUCAAACCAACUCAACAGUAUGUCAGUUCAACUUUAUCUCAACGAUACAAACAGCGGACUUUUUCUGCUCCGAAACAAGGCUCUCUGGGUACCCUCGUAGCGGUGCUGUUCGCCAUUAGUGAUGUCUUUUGCUGGUAGCAUUUAUUUUGCACUGCUGCGACGCUUCCUGUCGGCGGAGGUGCUGUCCAUGCUCCAUGUCUUCAUCGUUCAUCAUCAUCGUCGUCGUCGUCGCCAUCGUCGUGCCGCUAACCUGGCAGCUCCUGCACAGUCCGCUCUUCUGGCUAGCUAGCAAACACCGACGGCACUCUGGUUCUUCGACACGCAUUCAGGCUCGUCGUCCCAUGUGUGAAGUUCUACAUUACACAAACGAUCAGAAUUACGAUCCUGUCGUGAAACGCACAGUUAUAUUGUCAAAUGGCCCUGAACUUUUUAGAUAAAUAAAUACACUUAAGUGUAUGUAUAUAUACUGUAUCAUUUAAAGAUUCUGUGUAAUGUUUGGAGAAAAUUAUUGAAUAAAAAAAAAAAAAAAAAAAAAAGAAGCCGGUCCAGUGAUUUUUAGAGACAAGUCGGUAUCUUUAUUUAUUGACUGCACUGGUUUACCAUGUUUGAAAUGUUUCUAGUUUUAGCUCCCUAUAGCCAUGUUGUUCAAGAAAUGUCAUUAUAUGCUUUACAAAGGGA